AUGGAGAAAGCCUGUAUUCAUCUUGCUGUUAUACUUCUGCUUCUUCAGCAAAUGAGUACUUGUUUGUCAAUCGUUAAUAUCACGAUUGAUCAAACAGCACUUCUUGCCUUGCAAUCUCAAAUAUCUUUAUACAAUCCUCAUAGUGUUUUAGCAAGAAACUGGUCUACUUCCACCCCAGUCUGUAGUUGGAUUGGAGUUACAUGUAGCCUUCGCCACCAAAGAAUCACUGCCUUAAAUCUUUCUAGUAUGAACCUUAAAGGCAUGGUUCCACCACAGCUUGGAAAUCUCUCGUUUCUCAUUUCUCUCGAUAUCAGAAACAAUAACUUCCAUGGGAGUUUGCCUGAGGAGUUAGCUCAUUUUAGGAGAUUGAAAAUGAUCAAUGCAAUGAACAACAACUUUACUGGUGCAAUCCCCUCAUUUUUCAGGCUGUUACCAAAUCCUCAUUCCUUGUACCUUUCGUUUAACCAAUUUUCUGACCUGCAAGAUAAUAAGCUUACAGGCUCUAUACCACCAACUAUAUUUAACCAGUCAUCGCUUAAACAGAUUGGCCUGACAAAAAACAUUCUUUAUGGGAAAUUACCGAGAAAUAUAUGUGACAAUCUUCCAAAUUUAGAGGAACUUGGUCUUUCAAGUAAUCGGUUUGAUGGCUUGAUUCCUCCAAAUCUGCAGAACUGCUCUAAACUUCAAAUACUAUCAUUGUCUGUAAAUGAUUUCUCUGGAACCAUACCAGCAGAGAUCGGGAACUUAACUAUGCUGACAAAUCUGCAACUUGGGCUUACCUACUUGAAAGUUCUACAGAUAGGCCUUAACAAGUUGAUCUAUCAGAAUCCCUCUUCACAAUUAACUUUCCUGACUUCACUGACAAGAUGUCAAAAUCUAAGAGAACUGGUCAUUGCACCAAAUCCCUUAAACGGCAUUCUUCCAGCUUCUAUUGGUAAUUUCUCAAGUUCGCUCCAAAUCUUUUCUGCACCAGGGUGCAAACUCAGAGGCAUUAUCCCUGAAGAAAUUGGAAACCUAACAAAUGUGUUAUGGAUAUUACUAUUUGCCAAUGACUUGACAGGAUUCAUCCCGAAAACUGUUUGGGGUUUGCAGAAGCUUCAAAGGAUUCUUAUACAAAGUAACAUGAUAAGUGGGACUAUACCAGAUGAAAUUUGCUACUUACAGAAUAUAGGAAACCUGAUUGUAGGGAGAAAUAAAAUUUCAGGUCCCUUGCCAUCCUGUUUGGGGAAUGUUACUACUUUGAGAAAUCUAUAUCUAGCUUCAAACAAGUUGAACUCCAGCUUACCUGAGACCCUAUGGAACCUUCAAGAUCUAUUGGAACUUGAUGCAGCAUCAAAUUCAUUUUCUGGUGUUCUAUCUCCCCAAAUAGGAAACCUGAAGAAUGUCAUAGACAUUGAUUUGUCGUACAAUGACUUUUCAGGCAUGAUCCCUACCACUAUGGGAAGUCUACAGAAGUUAAUUACUUUAUCUCUAUCAGACAACAGAAUAGAUGGCCCCAUUCCAGAGUCUUUUGGGAAAAUGUUAAGCUUGGAAUUCUUGGAUUUGAGUUAUAACAAUCUGACUGGCGGAAUACCAAAGUCCUUAGAAGCUCUUGAGUACCUCAAAUACCUUAAUGUUUCCUUCAAUAAACUCAGCGGAGAAAUUCCAACUGGUGGACCUUUUGCAAACUUCACCAAUCAGUCAUUUCUGUCUAAUAAUGCAUUAUGUGGUAUAUCAAGGUUCCAAGUGCCUCCUUGCCAAGGCAAAUCUCAUCGGAGGACGAUUAAGUUGUGGGAGUAA